CUAUAUAUGGCUCUGAAACAAAACUUAAAUAUAUCAUCAAUUCAGGGUGUUCGGAAGAUGAAGAACGAGAUAUAGUGUUAUGGAGAUUUGCGGAUUUAAUUGAUAGUAUGAAUAUGAGCGAAGUCAUGGUUAUGAUGAAGAUUGAAAAUAAGAACAUUGAUGAGAUUAGUGUUACAUUGGAUUUCAAUGCAUCGGGAAUUUGUAAUGAAUUAACUUGUUCAUUAUUUUAUAAUAUUGCAGACAUUGUAGAGCGGUUCCAACUCGCUCUUUUUCUAACU